AUGGUGGACUGCGCCCGCAAAUUUUCUCACCUCUGUAAACGGGUCCAUCGCCCCAGGCGUCGUGUGUGCACAACGAGACUAUGGAAACGGUGGUUCAAACUCAGGAAAAGAAAAGAAGGAGAGAAAAGACCAAGACCUAACCAUAAAGCAGUGGCAAGAAGGAUUAAGCACAAGUUCUCUAACCCAGAAAAGCUUCACUGGCCUGAACAAGAAUUUGCUAAGAAGUCUGUUCUAAAUGCAGAAGAGUCAUUGAUCAUUGACAGCAAAAGAAGCUUUUCACAUUUGUCCUCUGGAGUACUAAAAGACAUUUUCACAACUGGAACCAGUAGUUACAAUGUCCUACUGCAGAGCAAGGAGGAGAGAAAGCAUCAUUCACAAAAACAGUCUUCCUCUGCCUACUCCAAAAGAUGUAGAAAACCCAGCAAAUCUCCUAGCUCCUCUCAUAGUAAAGAUCCUCACAGGAUGAAAUCCCUUGUGCCUAUGACAAGUGAUGACACUUGGUACUGCCUAGAGAGGCAGCCUGCUGUUUUUGUCACUAGUUCAGUGUCAAGUCCUGUGAGGUUUACACAUGAUAUCUCUGUUACAGGAAAUGGCAUAGUACUGCCACCUAAACCCAAAAGCAAAGUCAAGCGACGCCAUUUCGUCUCUCUUCCAAAGCCGCAGCAACAGCCUCAGCUGUCUAGAAGCUUUGAAAAAGCAGAUGACCUUUCUGGAAAGAAGUUUUGCAUAUUGACUGCUAUAAAGCCGACCAACUUAGAGAAAGAAAAAUUGAGAUUCUUCAAGUCUGAGUAUACCUACAAUCCUCAGUUUGAAUAUGCUAAUCCUGCUCUGCCAAGUAUGUUAGCCAAGCACAGCAACGCAUCUGACCGAUUUCUUAAGCAGAUUGUAGUUCAUCUCACUGAGGACCUGCUUUCCCGAGCUUCAAUGACAGUAGUAAACGGAUGUCCAACUCUUACCAUCAAUGUUUCUACUGCACGCGAGCACUGGCUGGAGGGCAUGCUGAGGCAUGAAAUAGGCACACAUUAUUUUCGAGGCAUUAAUAAUCUCCAGCAGCCAUGGAACAGUUGGAAUGGACGUAAAAAACAUGAGCUAAAACCAAACAAUCCUACAGAGGAAGGACUAGCAAGUAUUCACAGUGUCCUGUUUAGAAAAGACCCCUUUCUUUGGAGGGCUGCCCUCCUCUACUACACUGUUUAUCAAGCCAGUCUAAUGUCCUUUUGCGAACUCUUCAAAGACAUUGGCAAGUUUGUCAAGGACCCCAAUACAAGAUGGGAUUAUUGUGUACGAGCCAAGAGGGGAUGGACUGAUACUUCCCAGCCAGGGUGUUUCAGUAAAGAUCAGGUGUACUUGGAUGGAAUCCUUCAGAUCCUCCGAUACAGAGAGUCCAUAGACUUUCAUCUUCUGACUGCCCUGGGAAAGGUUUCUUAUGAAGAUGUGGAUCGCUUAAAGGGAUUGGCAGUUACUGAAAACAUGAGGGUCCCUCACUUCCUGCAGGACCAUGGCCGGUACAUGGAACAUUUAGAGAAGAUCAUGGAAGUGAAUGAACUGACUGACACAGAACUGAAAGACCUCAUAUACUAAUUAGCAUUCUUGCAAACAUAGCUCAGCUAUACCUCCAGGUAUUUUACCACUUAGGUGCAGUUAGCACCAGCAGAUUUAUAAAAGAGGAUGACUGUUUACUUGAGUUUUCUGAAGAUGGUCUUCAGUAUCCAGCUGAAUUUUUAGCUUAAGUACAAACCUUAAACUCUUUCCCUAAAAUGUUUCUAUUGGCUUCAGGGAAAGUUACUCAUAUUUCAUCUGAGUCUCAAGAAAGUCAAAUGAAAAUCCUGCUGAGCGUGUUUGAAGCCUCUUGGUUGCAUAGAGUGAUAAACUUCCAUCUGAUCA